ACGCAGAACAUUGUAGUUUUGUGCGGACUGGCGACCAAGGCGGUCAUCAUGCAGACAGAGAGACCAACGGCGACAGCAACCGGCUUCCAGCCUAUACCCAAUGGUGAUCCUGGUGCUCCUGGUGCGGAGGUGCAUCGGGAAAUGAUCUAUCAGACUGGACAGGGCACAUGCUGCAAUCAGGAUCGACGCAAUCAGCCGCAGGCAAAUGCAAUUGGAGCGGCUGCUUUGAUCUUCCUCUCUGGCGGCUUGCACAUUGCCUGGAGCAUUGGCUUUGACAGUCUCUUGGCCGAGCUGGAGGUCAGUUCCCACCUGCGCAUCAGUUGGUUCGUUGCGGCCAUAGUGGGCGCCCUGCUGGGCGGCUUCUUUAGCCAAAGAUUAACGUACAAACAGCUCAUGCAACUUUGCGCCAUGCUCACGGUGAUUGGUGGUGUGGUGAUGGGUGUCAGGAGUUUCAAUGCCAAGGCCAUGUUUGUGGCGAGAUAUUUGAAUGGAUUCGCCAAUGGUCUGGCAUUCGCUCCCACGCUGGCCAUGGCCGGGGAGUUGUCCGUGUACUAUAGGCGGGGCACAACGGCCUCGGCCGGCGAACAGUGGCCCACGGCGUUGGGCAUCUUUGUGCAGAUCGUGUGCAGCGCCAGCUGGGACACGGAGAGUGAGUUCACGGUGGAGCAGUUCCAAGGCGUACUCAGCGCCAUUCUGGGCGUGAUUGCCAUUUGCAUGGCUUGGCUGCUGACCAUCGAAUCGCCGGUGGACAUGCUGCACAGAGGGGACGAACAGGCAGCCAUCGAUGCACUGAGCCGGCUACAUCGUCCCAGAGCGGUCACUGCCGAAACCUACGAUCAGCUGGACAAUCAUCGCACAUAUUUGGCCCACAAUCAGCCAAUGCGGGGACUGAGAGGAUGGACAGAGGCACUGCCCGCGCUGCUGCACUUGUGCCUGCUGCGCGGACUCUAUGCCAUGAGCUCCAGCAUGCUGGUGGCCUACACCCUGAGCUAUACGAGCACCGUUGUCUACCCGGGCAACUCGGGACCAUUCGUGCUCUUCGGCCUCCUGCGACUGGUCGGCAGCUGUGCGAGCGCCUUCGCCCUGGACACGCUCGGCCGGAAGAUUCCCCUGCUGCUGGGUCUGGUAAUGGCUGGCGGACUGGCAGCGGGAGUGGCCAGCAGAUUUGUGGUGAGCGAGCUGCUGCGCGUCAAGGACAUGCGGAUGGCCCUGUGGCUGCUGCUGCUCUACCAGCUGUUUGCGGGCAUUGCCUUUGGCCCGAGCUCCGCUUACCUCUCGGAGGCGUUUCCGCGCAGCGUGAAGCGUCAGUGCAUUGCCUUGGCCUACGCACUGGAGAUGAUCAUUCAGCUGGGCAUUUGUCGUGUGGAUCUCAGUCGAAACAUCGAUGGCAUAGACAAUAUAGCUGGAUUUUUCUUCAGCCUGGCUGCCCUGCUGCUGGCAGAGUUUCUGUGCAGUGUCUGGUGCAUGCCGGAAACAAAAAUGACGACACUGCGGCAGGCACAGAUCAAGUUUCGAAAUUUUGUGGUCUCACAACAAGCCUAAAAGUAGGCAAUUCUCACACACAAGACCACCCCUUAGAUAUAGUUGAAAAUAAAUCUGUAAUCUAUAUAAGAAACACACUGAAGUUCUGUUUCUUGUCUUAUCAAAGUGUUGGCCAGCUCUUUCUCUUCUGUCAGCAUGAAGAGCUAAUUUUAAUUUGAUAUUCGGGGGACUCCGCUUGUCAGAUAAGCAUUUACGACGA